AUGGCGGACAGCGGCAAGAAGAGGAAACAUAGGGACGAUGCAGGGGCCGAGAGCAAACAGAAGAAGAAGAAGGUCACUUCUGUUUCUCCAUCAUCAAAAAACAAAUCCAUCAAAGUCACCUCUGUUGUCCAGUCGAAAGCUUCUCCCCCGAUCGUGGCCACGGCUACAGGCAUCUCAGUGUCAAAAGAUACUAAAUAUAACACAUACUCUCGAGCCCCCACGAAACGGUCCAAACAUGGCGCAAACGACCUUCUACUCCAUUCUUCGAGUCACAGAACUGUCGACUAUACGGCGCGGGAGGACAAGCCCUCGGCUGGGACUGGGGCUGGGCAGCCGCUUCUCAAACAUUACAUAGGACUUUUCGACCCGGCAAGCGGUCAGUUGCAACUGGUUGAGUCAAAGAAGAUGACAAUAAGGGGUUCUGUUCGUGCCCAGCAGGCGCCGCAGGAGGACAUGCAGUCGCGGAAGCUGAGCCAGGUACGGCCCACUCCAUCAAACACUGCGAGCACCGCAGCUGACCUGUCGCAGACAACGAUGAACCUGAAGGCCGACCUUGGUCAAACCUUUGGUACCAAGAAGGCGAAGAAGGCGCUCGCAGCCAUCACCGAAAAUGCCAUCUCCCCGCGUAAACCUCAAGCCGGCGACGCACCACAAGCGCUUGACGCAUCAGACAAGGCUAUCAUGGCGACCAUUAAGGAUGUCACGAUGAGCGUGGCUACAAAGGAGGACUUGCAGAAUGCGAUGGAUGCUGCCAAGCCAGUACCGCGGGGCAACUACGAGGCCGAGGAGAUCCAGGACGUCUACAGGCCGGAGCAGCUCAUCGGGAAGGACAUCUUGGAGCUGAUACAGGUGAGCGACUGGGCGGAGGCGGUCAAGAACAACGAGAACGUCGAGCUGCGGUCGAGGUUCGUGGCGCACCGGAUCAACCGCAUCGGGUCGGGCGAGAUCGCGGUGCUGCGCCUCAGGGUGCUGCGGUACCUGUACUGGCUGGUGCUGCUGUACCUGACGUCGCGGAAGGGCAGGGAGCGCGGCACCAAGGAGGUGCUCAAGAAGGACAAGCUGGCUGAAGAGCUGUCGCCGGCGCCGCCGCCGGUGGUCGAGAGCAUCCGCCGCAGGUUCUCGGAUAAUGGCAUCAUGCGCAAGCAGCACGUCGACCUGCUCGCGACGCACUGCUGCGCGUUCGCGUGCAUCCUCGACAACUUCGAGACAAACACCUGGGACCUCAAGGAGGACCUUGGCCUCGAGCAGAAGCAGAUGAACCAGUACUUUAUGGAGAUCGGCGCCACGAUCAAGAAGGCUAAGGCCGAAGGAAGGAUGGACUGUAUCGCUCGGCUCAAGAUACCGCUGGUCUUCCCAAAGAUCAGGCAGAUGAGGCGGUAG